UCAAAAUAUGUCAGAUCGGAAAUAGACACAGACGAGGGGGCAGGCACGUUAAUAAAAGAGUCAUUGAUUUCGUUCGGGUCAUUGAAACGAUCAGGAUGCUGUACAACUCGCGCGCACAAACUGCGUUUGAUGUAAAAAGCUACGCCACCGCCGCGUCCGCUACGCAUGUGGCGCGGGCGCGGAACCGAGCGCAGUCUAUACCCGGGCACGACUGGAGCACGCGCCUCUUCACCUUCGCGCCUCGAUCUUCAACAUGGCACCAGAGACAGUGGCCGUCAGCUCCUCCAUCUGACGCCGCACCGCCCUCAGCUGCUCACCAACAGAGCGCAUCUCCAAUACAAGUAAAGAGUCAGUGCCUUCCUCGUUGGAUGAUGAUGCAGUCCUGGCUGUACCUCGGCGAUGCGUGACGUUCUCAU